AAAGGUCAUGUCACUGUGAAGCACAGGUCUCACCUGUUUCAUGUUUCUGUCUUCAGUUUCCCAGCAUGCCUCAGGGGUGGAGGUGUAUGAGGGGGCGGAGUCUGUUCUGCUGCCCUGUCAGGUAUCAGUUGAUGUUUCCAGGAGCUCCACAGCAGCAGUGUGGGACCGUGAUGGGUUCAAGAACCCAACAGUUCACCUGCGGCUGCAGAAAAGAGACAAUCUUGAUGAGCGUGACGAUCUUAGUGGUCAGAAUAAGCUUUACAAAGAUCGAACAUCAAUGAGAGUCGACGCUCUGCAGACUGGAGACCUCAGCCUCACUCUGAGGAACCCCACAGUCUCUGACAGUGGAACCUACACCUGCACCUCCCGCAGGGCUGGAGAAGAUCUGAGCCGGACUGAAGUACAGCUGAAGGUCUCAGAACAACCUCCUCCUCCUCCAGUCUGGCCCAAAGUCGUCUCAGCUGUGCUGGUUACUCCGAUCAUCCUGGCUGCUGCCUUUGGUCUGUUUGUGUACCGUGCAUAUAAAAGGAUGGACAGAGAAGCUCUGAAGCCAGAGGUGGUGGAGGUGCCACAGGGGGAGAAGUCUGUCCUGCUGCGCUUUAAGACCACAGCUGACCUUCCUCAGGACGUCACAGUGGAGUGGAGAGACUCCAAUAGCAUGAUGGUCCACGUGUAUGAGAGUGGAAACAAUCAGCCAGAUAAACAGCACCAGGAUUACAGAGGUCGCACAGAGAUGACUGAAGAUCCACUGAGAACUAAAGACUUCAGUCUGACCCUGAAACACCUCCGCCCAACUGACAGUGGAGUCUACACCUGCACCGUCUACAACAAGGAUGGAAUCAUACUGCUGCAGAAAUCAGUGACUCUCGUUGUCACAGUUCCCCCGCCAGAGGUGGUGAAUGCAACAGCUGGAGACGAGUCUGUCCUGCUGCCCUUUAAGACCACAGCUGACCUUCCUCAGGACGUCACAGUGGAAUGGAGACGCAAACACAUGAAGGUCCACGUGUAUAAGAGUGGAAACAAUCAGCCAGACAAACAGCACCGGGGUUACAUAGGUCGCACAGAGAUGAAUGAAGAUCCACUGAAAACUAAAGACCUCAGUCUGACCCUGAAACGCUGCGACCUCACUGACUGUGGAGUCUACACCUGCACCGUCUACAACAAAGAUGGACACAUGCUGCUACAGAAAUCAGUGACUCUCAGAGUCAGAGAGAGUCUGCCAGACAUUGUGCAAAUGCAAAAAUUAGCGGGGUCUGUCCCGCUGCCCUUUAAAACCACAGCUGACCUUCAUGAGGCUGUUAAAGUGGAGUGGACACUCACUGAACCCAAACCCAUGAAGGUCAUGAAGGUCCACGUGUAUGAGAGUGGAAACAAUCAGCCAGAUAAACAGGACCAGGAUUACAGAGGUCGCACAGAGAUGGAUGAAGGUCCACUGAACACUAAAGACCUCAGUCUGACCCUGAAAGACCUCCACCUCACUGACAGUGGAGUCUACACCUGCACCGUCUACAACAAGGAUGGAGACAUGCUGCUACAGAAAUCAGUGACUCUCAAUGUCUAUGACACUGUGAGCAUGAUUGGGACAGUGUAUGGAAACAAGUCUUAUUUGCUAGAAUUCAAAAGAACAAAUAAACUUGAUCAGAUUUCCAAAGUGGAGUGGGAACGUAUACACCCCAAAUACAAGUUCAUAAAGAAAAUAACACGCAAUCAGGGAAAUGAGGAAGACCUCAGUCUGAACCUGAAAGACCUCCACCUCUCUGACAGUGGAAUCUACACCUGCACCGCCUACGGAGAAAAUGGACACAUCCUGCUAAGGCAUUCAGUGACAUUCAGUGUCAGAGUUUUCCAGGCAGAGAUGGUGGAGGUGACAGAGGGGGUGGAGUCUGUCCUGCUGCCCUUUAAAACCACAGCUGACCUUCAUUAUGUUGUCGCAGUGUACUGGACUGUCUCUGAACCCAGAGACACGAUGGUCGACUACUUUGAUGUGACUAAAAAGCAGCCAGGUUCACAGCAAAAGGCUUACAUCGGUCGCACAGCGAUGAAUGAAGAUCUACUGAGAACUGGAGACUUCAGUCUGGCCCUGAAAAAGCCCCUCCCCGCUGACAGUGGUAGCUACACCUGCACCGUCUGCAACAAGGACAGACGCAUUCUGGUACAGAAAGUCGUGAUUCUCAGAGUCAGAGCAACAUUAAAGGGAACCAUAGAAGACAUGUUUUCAUGUCUCAGGAAGAGGACGGCACCAAAACCUGAGGUCAAAGAGGAACUGAGGUAUAUUUGCAGGGUCACAGAGGAACACGAACCAUGAAGACGUUCCUCUGACUGCUGAAGAAACAGUCUGAGGAGGAGGAGGAGCUGGUGAUGAAGAGCAGCCUGUGUGUAUAUACAGUAUUUGUUGUGUAUUCAGCCCUGAGGAAGAUGAAGAUGCAGCUUUGCUUUAGCCGUCUUCUGCUAACAGCUAACUAACCUCAGCCAGAUGUUCUGCAGCUGUUUGUCUAACAUUAGAAGUUUAUAAUGAUGAUAAUGUGCAUGUUUCUGCUAUUCUGAUGGAUCUCCACGGAGCGUCCUGACUCUGUGUCACAUGUUAGCUUCAUGUGGGUCAAAGGUCAAAGUUGCUGACUGUCAGGAAGCUUCAGAGAAGAUCAGACAAACAGAUGAAACACCCCCUCUGACCUCAGAGCUCCAAUCAGAGCAGGAAGGACCUGUGAUGGAGGCCCUGAGGCCACACCCACACUUCCUGUCAGUGCCUGUGAUUGACAGCUGCCUCCAUCAGUAUCAUAUAUAUCCAUAUAAUCACCCUGAGGUCACUGAUGUUGUGAUGUUGGUUCUGUAUAAACCACAUUAAAUGUUUUUACACAUUAA